AUGAUGGUGACGAAGCCCCCAAAGUACCAUCAAAAUUUAACCCUGGGUGAGAGAAAGGCUCUACAAGACUUCAGCCAAGACUCCAGCAUUGUCAUACACCCUGUCGAUAAGGGUGGAACCACAGUGAUACAAUCGUACCAAGACUACCGCAGAGAAAUACUACGUCAACUUGAUGAUCAUACUACAUAUACCAGACUCACAUUUGAUCCUGUGAAAAAGUUCCAAACAAGAAUUAAGAAUCAGAUUGACCUGGGCAUUCUCAAUGGGUUUCUGGAUGAGAAAAUGGCACACCCUAAACAUCCGGUGCUCUACACCUUGCCCAAAAUACACAAGGAUCCUAAGACUCCACCGGGCAGACCCAUUGUGUCCGCUAAGGAAAGCCUACUAGAACCGGUGGUCAAAUAUGUAGACUUUUAUAUUAAGGACAGUAUAGUGGCACUCCCCACAUGUUUGCGUGAUACUCGAGAUUUUAUCCAGAAAAUCAAUCUAUCACCCAUGAUUAAAUAA